AUGUGUUCAAAGGAUUAGUUAUUUAAAACAAUCUCAAUGGAAGCUCUGAUAAUAAUUUUUGUGUGAGAGCUAUUUAAGAGCUUAAAGCAGAAUCACAAGGUGAUAGUAAAAGUUCACAACACAAUAUGAAGUUUAUCGUUUCACGACUGUUUGUACUCGCUGGUUGUUUUACCAUGACUUGCUUCUUGAUCGCUUCAACUGCUAGUCGACACUGGGUACGAGAAAAGGCUGUCAUUAAAGAAUAUAGCACUUCUAAGUAUUCUGGCUUAUGGAUAACAUGCUGGCAAAAAUGCUUAACACACGAGGAGUACAAUGAAGAGAUUGAAAAGCAAAAUAAUUUGGCUUCAUCUUUUAAUGUGAAAAUAGUGUUAUGGCCGUACUUGCUUCAAACAAGAGGCUUGAUGAUUUCUGCUAUACUUUUGUCAAUUUUAUGUUUUGUUUUCACUGGACUUGGUAUAAGGCGUCGAGACGAUUUAAUGUUUAAAAAGUUUGUUUUGAUUUUCAUGAUAAGUCUUGUUGGUUUAUUAACAAUGUCUGCUUUGAUUUUGUUUGGCGUACAGAAAGUGACACUGAAAGACGCUGAUGAGAAGUUCAAGCAAAAGAUCGACAUGAAAGAAGCGAGUUGGAAAUACGAAUGGGGUUAUGAGGUGGGAUGGGGUGCUGUAUUGUUCUGUAUAGCAACAGUUUUUGCCGCGCUUUUCGAAGACAAAUCUGUUCGAUUUUGGAAGCCUAGGUAUUUCCGUACGGCGAAAUCAGAGACGACUGCUCCAGUUUAGAGUUUAUUCUCUUAGUCUUAUGACAUUUUUCUUAAAAACUUAAGUCCUAAGCAAGGACUAUAGACUUGGUUCCUUAUUCAAAAACAUUCAAUGAAACACGUGCCCGCUUUUGAACAACUUGGAUGGCUACCCAGGGUGUAUUUUAUAUUUGCUGAUUGAAGCAUUUUAUAUGCACUUCUUCGCAGAGUUUGUUAUUAACAGAAAAUUAAUCUCAACCGCAACUAUAACACAACAUCUAACGCUUCAUGACAAGUGGUUGAGUUGCAUUGAAAAGUGCUUAUGUAUUAGAUAUUUUAUAUGUGAACAAUAUUACGUCAUAAGAAAAACAAGAUUUUCUCUUCGUGGUAAUAUUAGCUAACACAUAAGACGUCGAUUUGUUUUUCAUAGAUAAAAGAGAAGAAUAAAUAGAA